AUGUACCAGCAGCAGCAGCAGCUUCAAAGCCUCCAGCAGUCCAUGUUGGGUGGCAUGGCCCAGCAGCAGCAGCAGCAGCAGAUCUACACAUACUACGACCCCGUCACUCGUCAGCAGGGCUACUAUAUCGACCAGGGCCAGAACGAUCAGCAGGCCCAGCUGGCUCAGCUCUACGCUGCUCUGCAGCAACAACAGAUGCAGCAGCAGCAAGCCCCUCGUGUCCAGGUUUCGCCUCCUCCCGAGACCCAUGCUACCCCGUUCCGCACUGCGACUCCUCCCAAGCGCUAUGAAUCUCCGACCGAGGUCACCCCUCUCCCCCCUCCUUCGGCAAACGCUUUCCGUCGUGGCCAUAAGAAGGUCAUGUCUCUUGCCCUGAACGCUAACAAUCAGACCGCCGCGCUCUCUCCUCUGGAACCGCCCAAGUCUGCUGGUCCCAAGACGGCCUCCUUCCCUCUUACCCCUCUGUCUGGAGGCUACGGACCCGGUCAGGGACGUGCAGGCGAACACCCUGUUCGCCAGCCUCGUGGACCUCCGUCUAUUGAGGAGCUCAAGGCCAAACCCACUGCUAAGCAUGAGGGAAGCAAAAAUUUUGCCACCCGAACCCGUCGUUCCGCCGUCCACAACCUGGUCCGCGCCGGGCGUGAGCGCAGAAAGGGAACCGGUAGUUCCAGCGGAAGCAUGAGCCCUGUUUCGGAGAGCGCCGAGGAGGAUUCGAGCACUCCCAUCACCGACAACGAGUCUGACUCUGGCCAUAGUGGAUCCGGAAGCCUGGCAGGAGAUGUUGACUGCUCUCUGCCCAGCUCAAGAACCUCUACCAACGGCAGCUGGGGUGCUAUCGGCUCCGACCGUCCAAGCUCCCGCCAGAGAGCUCGCAAGAGCCUGGACAGCGUUAGCAGCGCCGAGAGCGGCGAGAACAGCUUCGCCAAUGUCUUCAAGAACUCGGCUCAGCGUGUUGGUGUUGAAGUGACGGACGGACAGCGCAAGGCGCCUAUGCUGGUCUUGACCAGCGCCGAAAAGAGAAAGAGCGGCAUUUUGGCGUAG